AUGGGGUACGAAUGGGAUGAUAAGAAGGACCUCCUCCACAGGUAUUACAUCAAGGAGCGAAUCCCUCUCGACAAAAUCAUGAUAAUCAUGAAAAGAGACUAUGAUUUUGGACCAAGCAAGCGUACCUAUCAGAGUCAAUUCAAACGGUGGGAUUUCCCCACGAAGCAUAACCCUGCGAAGAAGAACGUGAACCUCGUCGCCCGAAUUAAGGAGCUGUGGGAAUCCAGCCACACCCAGCAAGAAAUGCACGAAAUAUUAAUCAGUGAGGGUUUCAGCAUCAGCUUGCGAGAGUUGAAUCGCGUCCGCACCGCCAACCGCUGGCUACUACGCGUUCCCAAUGGAAAGAGAAUCCCAGAAAUUGCUGUUGCAAGCACGACGAACCCCGAGGAUGAGCCAAUUUUGGCGCUCCAACAGGAGGUUUACCUGAACCAGGGCUUUGAGCCAGUGGGUUCCGUCCCGACAGGCUCGGCGACGCCGACUGGGGAGAACCCAUCGUUACCGGGGCCGUCAUCGGUCAUGCAGCAGCAAGAUAUGGAUCAAAUCCAACGUAGGGACCAGCAGCGUCUGGAUCAAAUGAGAAAUGAUAGUGACGCGAAAUUGAGUCGAGGAAAGCGUCGCCGUCACACUCGUGCUUAUGCUGGCAUACCCGCCGACCCUCCUGGAUCUCCGCGUUAUCCGUCUGAACUAACCCUUGCGGAUAGCAAGAUCUAUCUCGAACUGGAUGGCCGUCUGUAUCGUGAGAUCAGAUCAGAAUUCGUCCGAAUCUGUACAGCAACAAAUAUCAUUAAGAAAAUGCCUGCCUGUGCUGCGGAAACGUGGGAUCCAGCCAAGCGUAAGUUGAUCGAAAGGUUUCCACACUUGCAGCAGAUCUUGUCUGAACACAAAGAUCAUGACAAGAGAGCUCAAUCGCUGGACGUCAUUUGCAUCGAUGUAACAAAACGCAUGAGAACAAGUGACCGUAUGACCUUGGUCGAUGCCAAAAAAAUCAUCGGAAUCAAUCCGGAGGAAACCCGCUGCGCUCGCGAUGAGUUUUAUAAACUUCUUGUGGAGAGGAAAUACACCAUGAAGCUCCAAUCUGGCAUCGAGGAAUGGAAUGCCAUCCAAAAUCAUUGGAUGAACAUCUCGCCGAUAAUCCAACGAGUUCUCGAAUUGGGAGAUGCCGACCCCAAAAUCAAAAUCAAGAGGAAGGCCCUUGAUUUGGUCUGUAACGAUGUGCUGAAGCGUUAUCACGCUGACAGAUUGGGGAAUGUUCGCAAGAAACCGCGCACCGCCCUUGAUGAUGAGAUCAGCACCCUGGCAUCGCAGGCCCUUGCAAGCGCUCCCAUUGCCGACAGUGUCAUCGAUGACACGCAGAUCGAUCCAUCCCUGCUACAAACCGGCGCCCCAUAUGGCUACAGUCAACUGCCUGACCGCACCCCUGCUGGAACGCAGUACAACGUUGUUGUGCAGGUCAAAGGCCAUAACUUCGAAUGGUUGGAAGACGUUGCCGCUUUCAAUUUUCAACAACUCGUGGAGUCGGCAAACAGUCGAGUCGGUCCCGACAAUAUCGUCGCCGUAGUCGAGGGCCUUGAUCAGAUUGAUGGUUGCAAUGAUCAGCUCUGUCCUAUUACAUGCGAUACUGACUUGGGUGGAUAUGUUCGGUAUGUGGAUUCGGAGAACAAGGAUGCUCGACUGAUCGUGACAGUGCGCCACGUCUAA